UACUGGAUAAUAUCAUUAGCUAGCCAACCAGGGAAUUCCUUGCCGAUUAGUUGUUGUUGUUUCCGACGUCAUCGUGCUGGAGUCAGCACCUACUACGUCAUGUGUUGCUAACGUCGAAGUCCGACGGAAACAGCCACUUGCCUCCUCUCCUGUUGUUCACACAUGACUAACCAUUAAGUAUUUUAGUAGACAACUAAUAAGACUAGUGUAAUCAAAAUGAAAAAUUAUACUAUAAAACAUAAUUUUGUUUUCUAUCACAUGACAGAUCAUUUGCUAAAGUCAACACCUAAUUUUCCUUUACCUCACAAUUGGUGGUGUUUUAAAAAGCAUAAAUCUUACUUUUAUAUUUAUUCCAUUAAAACAACAAUCUAACUUAUUGAUAUAGCCAUAUAGGUGUGGUCCAAAUACAAUUAUUAAAAUUCCUUAUUAAUCAUUUUUAAAAAAUAUUAUACAAAAAACACUAAUGUGAUUAAAAAACAUAAAUAUAAAAAUUAAAUUUAUAGGAAAAAAUAAAACAAAAAUAUAUCCGCAUUUUUAAAGGUGGGUCAAAAUCUAAUUUAACAUUAAAUUACAGACUAGUGUAUGUAAAUGGCUUGAUUAGGAAUAUAAAACUUGGUCUAUAAUUGGUAAUGUCAAUUUAGUUCUAUUGCAUAUAUAUGGUUAAAUUAUAUCAUGUUGUAUUUUCCUAAUACUUUCUAAUCAGUAUUUUUCGUUUCCCUUCCCUCAUCUGGUAAUAUGUGAGCACCACUUGGCAUUUACCCUAUAUAUUAUCUCCCUAUCCAUUCAGAAUUUAUAGCAUAGAGAAGAGACUUGAGAGAAAGAAAACGGCUAAAACAAGAACACUCUACUCUACUUUUAUGAAUACCUCCCACGAAAAGGCAGUACAAGCUAUCCUUUAUGGCCAUAGCUGUGCCAAGCGGUUGAAGCUGCAGCUUGACCAUCCAGUGGCUGACGGAAGAUCGGUUUCAAACUAUGAUCUUGCUAAAUCGAUCGUCCAUUGUUUUUCCGAUGCCAUCUCAAUCUUUUCUGAUAAACCAAAAUCCAAGGAUGAUGUAUUUUCUGAUUUAUCUUCAAGGAAUUAUCCUCCUCCUCUUCACCAGAGAAGCCACUCCAAGAAAAGAAAGAAUAAUAGUACAAAUUCAAGUGAGAAUUGGAGGCACGAUUCACCGGAUCCGAACUACUACGAUGGGUUUCUUUGGAGGAAAUAUGGCCAAAAGACUAUUAAACAAUCUAAACACCAAAGGAGCUACUAUAGAUGUUCAUACAACAUAGAUUAUGCUAACGACAUCGUGGUGGUCUAGUGGUUCCACUAGAGGAAAAGUUGCCCUGUUGGUCCAUGCCAGGGAUCGAUUCCUUUCUAUUGCGAAAUUAUUAGCUCCAUAUGUGGCUACGCGGAUAUGGGCCAAUGCUUACGGCCUAUUUGAAUACCCGGGAGAGGAUCCAUCCGUGGGUUGCACCUCCCACCCGAGGAUUAGGUCUGUAUCUUUAAUAGAUCCGGGUUUAACCCUUUAUUUUAUCAAAAAAAAAAACAUAGAUUAUGCAUGUGGAGCAAGAAAGCAUGAACCGACGAUCAAAGACAAUCCUCCGGUUUACCGAACCACUUACUUUGGCCACCACACUUGCAAUAUCAACCAAAACGCCGGUUUUACUACCAUUGGAGAUCCGGUAGAUAAUUUGGAAAAUGCCCGAAUAAUCCGGUUCGGACAAGAUCUCGAUCAGGAGACGAGCUGUUUAUCUGUAUCGGUUAAGCAUGAAGAAGGUAUCAUCAUAGAGGAAACUAUGGAUCACUGCCGUGGGAUAACCGGUAAUGAUAAAGAUUGUCAAACUGUGAUUAACGAGAAUCAUCAGUCAUCACCAUCAGGUUCUUAAACUCCUCCGUCGUCAUCUGGCAGUGAAAUUGACAUGUUUGAUUCAGAUCUGCUAGUGGAAGACUUAGAUUUAUGGGAUCGUUAUGAUCUGUAUGACUUUGGACUGCAUUAGAUAUUUCAGCUAAGAAUGUUAAAGAUUUUCCUUUUUACGAGAUAAUAUUUCAGGA